GGCCUUUCCCGUCAGUCUGUCGGGUCUGUCAGUAGGUCAGGUCGGACCUUCCUCGCCCUCCAGCCAUGGCCGCGGCCCUCCGUAUGCAGAGCGCCAGCUCCCGGCGCGUGUUCGUGGUGGGCGUGGGGAUGACCAAGUUUCAGAAGCCGGGGCUUCAGGAUUCACUGGACUACCCUGACCUGGCAAAAGAAGCAGGCCUCAAGGCUCUGGCUGAUGCCCGGGUCUCUUAUUCGGACGUGGAGCAGGCGUGUGUCGGCUACGUGUAUGGUGAAUCCACGUCCGGCCAGAGGGCCAUCUACCACAGCUUGGGACUGACCGGGAUCCCAAUCUUCAACGUGAAUAACAAUUGUUCCACGGGCUCCACGGCCCUGUACAUGGCCAGGCAGCUGAUCCAGGGCGGUCUGGCAAACUGCGUCCUGGCGCUGGGCUUUGAGAAGAUGGAGAAGGGCUCCCUCGCAUUCAAAUUCUCGGACCGGACCAAUCCAAUGGACAAGCACGUGGAGGUGAUGGUGGACAAGUACGGCCUGUCCUCAGCUCCGAUUGCAGCUCAGCUCUUCGGAUGUGCCGGCAAAGAACACAUGGAGAAAUACGGUACAAAAAUUGAACAUUUUGCAAAAAUUGCUUGGAAGAAUCACAACCAUUCAGUCAAUAAUCCGUAUUCCCAGUUCCAGCAAAAGUACAACUUGGAGGAAGUGCUGAAUUCUCGGAAAGUCUUUGAUUACUUGACCGUCUUGCAGUGUUGCCCCACUUCUGACGGGGCGGCCGCGGCGAUUCUGGCCAGUGAGUCAUUUGUGAUCCAGCACAACCUGCAGUCCCAAGCCGUGGAGAUCGUGGCCCAGGAGAUGGUGACGGACCGCUCGAGCACCUUCCGAGAGGACAGCAUGAUCAAGGUGGUGGGCUUUGACCUGAGUAAAGAGGCAGCCAGACGGUGCUACGAGAAGUCCGGCCUGAAGCCCAAGGACGUCAACGUGAUCGAGCUGCACGACUGCUUCUCGGCCAACGAGCUCAUCACCUACGAGGCCCUGGGCCUGUGUGCGGAAGGAAAGGCAGGAGAGCUGAUUGAUAGAGGAGACAACACCUACGGAGGGAAGUGGGUGAUAAACCCCAGCGGGGGACUGAUUUCCAAGGGCCACCCCCUUGGGGCCACAGGCCUAGCGCAGUGCGCGGAGCUCUGUUGGCAGCUGCGCGGGGAGGCGGGCCCGAGGCAGGUUCCGGGGGCGAAGGUCGCGCUGCAGCAUAACCUGGGCCUCGGAGGAGCCGCGGUCGUGACACUCUACAGGAUGGGCUUCCCGGAGGACGCUGCGCUGGCCGGCAGGAGGCAUCAGAUUGAAGCUUAUCCUACCAGUUCAGCAUUUGAUGGAUUUAAGGCGAAUCUUAUCUUUAAAGAGAUUGAGAAGAAGCUGGAAGAGGAAGGAGAGCAGUAUGUGAAGAAAAUUGGAGGCGUGUUUGCCUUCAAGGUGAAAGAUGGCCCUGGCGGGAAAGAAGCCACCUGGGUGGUGGAUGUGAAAAACGGCAAAGGCUCUGUAGCUGUUAAUUCAGAUAAGAAGGCUGACUGCACAAUUACAAUGGCUGACACUGACUUACUGGAUUUAAUGACCGGCAAGAUGAAUCCUCAGUCGGCUUUCUUUCAAGGCAAAUUGAAAAUUACUGGCAAUAUGGGUCUGGCCAUGAAGUUACAGAGCCUCCAGCUGCAGCCUGGCAAAGCGAAGCUCUGAGCGCCUUGGAGAAGACUUCUGCGAAACAGCGAGACUGUUUGUAUAUACAUGUAUGUAGUGUGUGUGAGUGGGUGUUCCCACACUCACACACGUGUGCCUACACACAUGCAUGUAUGUAUAUGUCCUUAUAAUCAGAAGCUGUCAGAAAAGGAUUGCCAGUAGCGUAGGCCAUCGGGAUCACUGACCUUGUCUUUCUCAAGCCUGGGUUAACAGAGCACGACAGUACUACUGUGGCCUUGCUGAAUCACAUAAAACUGUGCAUUGAAAAGCUAAUGGGGUAAUUAUAGUCUGGGUUAAAUUGAGGUACAGGGUAGAGCAGCAAAAUCCAAGAACUCAGUAAACAAAAGAUCUCAUAUUUCUUAUAAAAUACAAUUAAGGAUUAUUCUGCUGAGAUUUCAAUUUUAGAGUUUUCCUUGGGAGAACUGGAUGAAACAGAAUACCACUAGCUGGGCAGUAAUUAGUGUUGUGCACUUGAAUACCUAAUCUAUUUUCCUUAAUAUUUUUUAAACUGCUGUAACAGAACUUGAAUUUUUAAAGAGAAUUUAAUUCUUUGUUUUUGUGUAACUAUAAAAAAAUCAGGAAUGGGUCUUAGAGACUUCGAUCACCUCUUUUAAAAUCAAAUCCUUUAAUGAGGAGGGAGGGUUUUCUUCUUAAAAAUCAGUAUGUUAGAUUCUUGAACCAACCAUUAUUUACAAUUAAAUGGGCAAUAGAAUUACUGUGAGAAGCACAGCAUUUGGGGACGACUUCAUUAAGCAAACUUUUCAUUUAUUCCUUCCUCAAAACUAUUAUUUCGUGUAUAUUUCAUUACUUAACCUGAUUUAAUUUUUCUGGUAUAUGAAUGAAUGUUAAUUAUGCAACGUUUCUUUUUAACUUUCUUGUAAUUUACUAAGAUGGGGUAAAUAAUGACCGAUCAAAGCUUUACUAGAAAAUUAAAUUUGCUUUUUUCCUUG